AUGUUCAGCCCAAAUCGGCAGAGACCCCCAAUGUUGGAAUUCAACGUCCAUACUCCCAAGUGUGGGGGCACGUUUCUGGAGACUCGGAGAGAAAUGUCAUCUUCACCCCAAUUACCGGAGGAUUGGAUCGGUCCCACGGAAAACGAUGGGUGGGAUGCGAGACAGGAUGUGGGGGUAUGUGCCUUUUCGAAGAACGUGAAUUGCUUUUUGCAAGAUGCCGUUCGCUCACUUUCUCGUUGCGCUGUCGAGGAUUGUGAUUAUCCCGGGGUAGGGCUAAAUUCCCAAUUUGCACACUUUCUCCUUGAAUAG